AUGAACCCACAGGCAUCAAUGUGCCGCAUUCUCAUGGUCCUUUUAUCAGAGGCCAUAAUCACGACUGCAACAAGCUUUGACUACGUGAUUGCAGGCGGUGGAACUUGCGGCCUGCUUCUCGCCAACCGCCUGUCCGAGGAUCCAAAUGUAUCCGUUGCUGUGAUCGAGCCAGGUGAAGACACACGGAAUAACCCUAAUGUCACUGAUGCAGGCAACUUUAUCACCGCUUUGGGUACCUCAAUCGACUGGGCCUAUCCCUCCACAGCCCAGCCAGGCGCAGCAAACCGGUCAUUCAGUUUUCACUCUGGCAAGGCCAUUGGGGGGACGAGCACUAUUAAUGGAAUGACUUACGUCAGGGCGGACGCUGCAGAAAUUGACGCCUGGGAGGCUCUUGGAAAUAAAGGGUGGAACUGGGAUACACUGUUCCAAUAUUACAAACGGACUGAGCGGUUUACACCCCCCACGACCGCACAAGAAGACGCUGGUGCCAGCUUUGAGCCGCAAUCCCAUGGGUAUCAAGGCGAAUUACAUGUGGGGUAUCGAUACGCUAUUCCUAAUGGCUCCUUUCCAGGAAUUGUGCAGACAACGUGGGAAAGCUUGGGAUACCCACUAAACCCCGACGUGAACAGUGGCGACACUCGUGGUUUUGACGUGUGGCCUAUGACCAUCGACAGAAACCCUGACUUGAGGUGGGAUUCUGCAAGAGCAUAUUACUACCCAGUUGAGGGCCGAGCGAAUCUCGUCCUUUUCCAGGGCACUGCACUCAACAUCGAAUGGGAAGAAGAUGGAAUAGACGGGGUCAUGUCAGCCACUGGCGUGCGAUAUGUUGACCGCAAUAAUCAAACGGUCACUCUGGAUGUCAGUAAAGAAGCGAUCAUUUCUACCGGAGCACUUCGGACCCCUCUUCUCCUCGAAAUGUCUGGAAUUGGCAAUCCAAGCGUCCUCCAAGAACUUGGUAUCGAAGCCAUUAUCGAUCUGCCUGGAGUCGGCGAGAAUCUGCAGGAGCAACCGAACAGUAACCUCAUCUAUGUGCCAACACACAACGUCACUGGGUAUACUACCUAUGCAACCUUUGCGAAUGCUGAGGACCUCUUCGGAGCCGAGACAGCGGCUGUCUCGAGCGACGUGGGCUCCAAGCUGACUGCAUAUGCUGAAAAUGCCGCUUCCCAAGGGGGGUUGAACGCCUCUGCCAUUGAGAAAAUUCUUCGGAUACAGCAUGACUUGAUCUUUAACAAGAAGGUUACCAUAGGCGAGACUAUCACAGCAUCAUCUUCAGGUUUUCUGCUGACUGCCUGGUGGUGUCUAUUGCCCUUCUCCCGGGGACGGGUGCACCUCGCCUCCAUCGAUGCAUACGACUCCCCAAUGAUCGAUCCGCAAUACUUUGCGGCAGACAUAGAUAUGACUACCCAAGUGGCUAUCGGAAAGCAGGCCCAGUCAUUCUGGCAUGCGAAGCCUGUCGCGGGUAUUACUGCCAAUAACGUCACAGCUGAUCCAUGGUCAGACGAAGAGUGGGUCGGUUUUAUAACCAAUAAUUUCGAACCGAAUUAUCAUCCUAUCGGCACAGCAUCGAUGAUGGCAAGAGAGUUAGGCGGCGUGGUCGACUCGGAGCUCAAGGUUUACGGGACGAGUAACGUGCGUGUGGUAGACGCUUCAGUACUACCAUUACAGCUCAGCGGCCAUUUGACUGCAACCCUUUAUGCUCUGGCAGAAAGGGCGUCACAGUUUAUCAGGACCGCUGCAUAG